GACGCUAAAAGUGAGCGUCGAACGUUAAUAUGAAAAGGCACCUUAACGCGAUAACUGAUCAUACGUGUAUAUGUGUACAGCGCGUUUGAAUUCGAUGAGGUUUCUGACUAUUUUAAAAUCGCAUUCGUAUGAUUCGUACGUUGCACUCGUGACAAGUAACGCGAUUUCAUGUUAUUUUCGAAUGUUCGACGUUCAUCGGCGAGCUCUUACUUUUCCGUAAGAUGAAUCAGACGGAAUAUAGUAGACCAGGUACUAGUAACAUGUACACCCCGCGCACCUCGCGAAUGCAAGAACGACAACGGUUUGACGUAAGUCGACCUAGGCUAGAAGAGGAUGAAAUCGAUGGACUGGAAGAGUUAAUAGGCCAGACAUGGAACAUUUAUGCAGCGUCUGCUCUGUUUGGCUUCCAACAGGAUGAUAUUCACUUGAAACUAUAUUCAAAGAAAUUAAGAGAAGAAAUUGCAAGUACCUUAUCACGUGAAGAUGUGACUUAUGAAACAAAAUUUUCUAUCAUAGAAGAUAUCGCAUCUGGAUCAAACUAUGAAAAUCAUCCAGCAAUCAAGAUUGAAGUUGUAGCUAAAACCAAUAGUCAUGAGAAAAACGUAGAGAAAACUAUUUACAAAGGGAUAUUAUUAUCUUGGAAAGUAACACGAACUGGACAAAAUAUACAAAAUUCUAUAAGAUUGCCUCUUCUAUUAUGUCGUGGCACUCGAAGUUGCAUGGAUGCAGUACAUUCUAUUAUCGGUUGUAUGUUUGAUUGUGUGAUAAUGGCAUUGCCAGCCAAGGAAUAUGACUUAAAUUGGCUGGUUCCAAUUAUAAUUGUGGCUAAUAACGAAGAGGACCAACCAAUAGUUUCUGGUGAAGUUAAGAUGGAAUAUACAGUACCAGAAUUACCAGUUACAGAUACCAUUACAAUUAAAUUUCCAACUUCAGAUCUGAGAAAAAUAUUAACAGUCAUUAUCAAAGAUGACAAUGACAAAAUUAAUAUAUCUCUCAAUCGUGAACACAUAGAAAUGUUUCAUGAAGUUUUACAUAAACAAAUGUUAGUAUUGGGAGGUUUGCAUUUGGGAUUAUGUACACUGCAUAAGAUUAAUCUGCCUGGAAUAACAAUAAUGGAGAACAGAAUGAAAGUGAUGAAUAUAGAAAUUAUGGAUAACAUAUUGAUGUAUUUAAGUGAGAGAGCUUUUGAUAUAUUUCAUACAGUAUGCUUUGAUAUAUAAACUCUUCUUGUUUUAAUGUUUUGUGAAUAAUAUACAGUUUACAUAC